AACAUCGUUUCGUCCAGUUUCCUAACUGCAUCAAUUGAAUGGCGGAGAGUUUCUGAAAACCGAUUCACGAUCUCAUCAUCUGCCGGAAAAUCGUAUCCGAUCUUGCAAGAUCCACCUUCCUCCGUCCAUCGCCACCGUAUCCUCUUCAAUCACCGUGAGGUACGCUCAGCUGGUCAUACCUUUGUUACCAAAAGAGAGAUAUGAAGACAAUUGCAGCAGUUCUUGUGGCGAUCUUACUUGUGGUGUCUGAACUGCCACAUGGGCUUACUUUCUCAUCUACAACCCCUGCUUUUUUGUGGUCAAACGUCCAAGAUGGAUUGACUUCUAACAAAGUUAAGGAAGCUGUAAGCUACCAAACCCUUUCACCAAAGGAAUUGGCGAAAUCUGUCAUGUCAGAAGGUGGCUGGUCAAACUUACUGUGCACCAAUCAGAAACCUGAAGAAUCCGUUGAUCUUGCAAUUGUUUUUGUUGGGAGAGAGUCUGUUGACAUUUCUGGGCGUAAAAAUGAAGAUCAAUCGCUUCUAGACUUGCUUAAGGCCUCAUUCACAAAGUCAACAUUUUCUUUAGCAUACCCUUAUGUCUCUGCAUCUGAAGAGAAUAAACCUCUACAAAGUUCAUUAGUUUCCGAGUUGGCAGAAACUUGUGGACUUGAUGCCGGAUUAAGCAAAGUUGGUAUUCUGGAGUCAUGUGCUGCAGAGGGUGGAAACUUUGAGAAACUUGCUGACAUCAGCUCUGUCAAUGAAUAUGUAGUUUCAAGUAUGGAAAAGAAGUCCAAGGGGCAGACGCCACUGGUUGUAUACUGCAAUGGAGCUGACUCACCGAAAGGAAGUGAGCAACCACGUUCCGAGGGCGAAAUUUUGUCUGAGCUCAUAAGUUCGGUGGAGAAGACAGGAGCAAAAUACUCUGUUUUAUACGUCUCUGACCCGGUCAAUGUCAUCCGUUAUCCUUCUUACCGCCAGGUAGACAGGUUUCUUGCAGAAAAAUCUGGAAAUUCAUCGCGUGAUUCCAAUGCAUGUGAUGGAGUUUGCCAAAUCAAAUCAUCAUUGUUGGAAGGACUUUUCGUGGGACUUGUUUUGCUCAUAAUUUUGAUCUCGGGACUUUGUUGUAUGGCUGGUAUCGACACCCCGACAAGAUUUGAAGCUCCCCAAGAAUCUUAAAUCUUUCCCAAGCUUUUGCAAGCAAGAUUUCGUUACUUGCGGGGCAAGUAUGAAAGUGAUCUCAUUAUAUUAGUUCAGCUUUGAAUGAGUUCUGUUUACGGUGUACGCUUGUCAAUAAUGGUUCAUCUAGGACAUUUCUUCAGACACUUGGUGUGCAUUUUGUAUUGACAUAAAACCAACAUGCAAAGGUAGUUAAAAACUUAUAAAAACAAAGCUUCUUUGUGUCGUGAACACAUAGUGGCGGAAACCGUAUCGUAAAAUCAAGCUGCUUUGUUUGGUUGGUAUGAAGAAAAUAAGUUGGAAUGGGAUGGGUACUUGGUUAUGUUUUGUUUGCUUUCAUUUCAAUCUUUCAUUAUUUUUUUUGGAUGGAUAUAAUAUUGUUGUAAUAAAUAUUAUUUAUUGAUUGUAA